AUGACUUCACCUCCAGGCGUGGAUAUUCUUUUGACAACUGAAUGGCCCAAAGGGAUUGAAGACGGUACAACAAAAGCACCUCCUUGCUCACUGUCGACGGCUGCCUCAUCUAUUGCUCUCUUGGAUUUGGCAUUAAAACCAAGAUAUCAUUUUGCUGAUUCGGAAAACACUUUUUAUGAACGCGAACCAUACGAAAAUACGACUGGAUUUGGUGGUCCUGAUGAACGUGUUGCUACUCAUGUAUCUCGAUUUAUUGGUCUUGGAAAAGCUUUGAACAAGAACAAACAACGGUGGUUUUAUGCUUAUAACAUUGUACCAAUGGCCAAAGCUUCUCCUGACAUUUUAAAUGCAAAACCUUCUCUUACUACGGAUUGUCCAUUCUGGCACCUGGUGAAUCAAUCAAGCUCUUCAUCUGGUAGAAAACGUGCUGCCACUGAUGACAAUAGUGGAUUCUUUUGGGGUGAAAAACAACAAACGAAAAAACGGACCGUACCUGAAGGUUAUAUCUGUAAAAAGUGUAAUAUUCCUGGUCAUCUUAUCUCGGAUUGUCCUCAACGUAAUGUUGUUCCCAGUGGUUAUGUAUGCAAGAUAUGUAAUGAACCUGGCCAUUUUAUUAAAGAUUGUCCUAAAAAAGAAGAACGUCCUCCUAGACAACAGGCUGAUUUGAGCUCAUGUUGGUUCUGCUUAGCUAAUCCCAAGAUUGAAAAACAUUUGAUUACAUCUAUUGGAUCUGAAAUCUAUGCUACAUUAGCAAAGGGACCUGUGAUAUCACCAGAAUCUAGUCCUAUUCCUGGAGGCGGCCAUAUUCUAUUAAUUGCUAUUACGCAUUGCCCGAGUUUUGGAAAGGUCCCCAACGAAAGUCGUCAUGAUGUCAUAUCAGAUUUAGCAAGUUACAAGAACUCUUUACGCAAGUUUUAUGCCUCUUAUGAUCAUGAUAUGGUUUUAUUCGAAGUAUCAAGAGAAACGCGAUCUAUUCUUAAUCAUGCUCAUAUACAAGUCAUACCAGUACCCAAGAACAAAUCAUCUAUGGUGGAAGAAGUGGCUCGACAAGAAGCCAAGGCAGCGGGUUAUGAAUUGACGGAUCAAGCACCUGUUAACGGCGCCUACUUUGAUAUGGAACUUCCUAAUGGUAAUCAUAUUGUUCAUACUAUCGAUUCAAAAAAAUUAUUCAAUUUACAAUUUGGAAGAAUGGUAGUUGCUAAAGCUAUUGGUCAACCUGAACGCGAAGAUUGGAAAGCAUGUGCUCAAAGUGAAGCAGAAGAACGUCAAGCAGCCAAGGAAUUUAAGGAAGCAUACAAAUCUUUUGAUCAUACUUUAUAA